AUGAACUAACUUGAAUAAAAAGCUAUUCGAUCUCUACUUAAACUAGCAAGAGAGGAAGAAGCAAUAACUUAAAGAGAAUGGGAACCUUAAUCUGCAAAGCCCCUAGAUUUGAUCUCACCUCAACCAAAAACUCUUAAUUAAAAUAGAAGAAAUGUCAGGGUGAUUCCUAAUCAUCAAGCUAGACAAAAGUCUUCAAUUGAGAUGAACUAUGAGAAUUAAUAACAUUCAGAAUUAUUAUAAAAAGAAAAUUCGCUUUAAUAAAUAAUAGAAGAGUAUAUGAAAUAAAUAAGGCAAACUCAAAGAUAGAUGGAAUCAGUACAUCAAUAAAAAUUUGAUUUGAAAUCAGGAUGGAUGAACUUCAGUUCAAUAAUUCUCGAAAACAAAUAAAAAUUAACUUAGAAACACAAAAGGUCUUCAUUAGAAUUAUAAGUAAAAGAAAAUAAUCAACAAAAACUAUAGUAACAACAAUCAUUCAAAAAGACGUCGCUUCGAAAAGUAUUAAAUAAUGAAUCUUUUUUUUACCAAAAUUGA